UUGGUAGCAGUGACCCUAGCAGGCACCAUCCCCGAAAAAGUUAUCCCCAUCCUCAGACAAGAAUCUGAAGUUGGCAUUGACGGAAAAUACAGUUCUUCCUUCGAAACAGGUAACGGUAUCUCAGCUGAAGAACAUGGAAAUUUAAAAAACGCUGGAAGUGAAAAUGCAGCGGAAGAAGUAGUUGGUAGAGUAGCAUAUCAAUCACCCGAAGGCAUUCCAAUCUCAUUGGAAUAUAUUGCUAAUGAAUACGGAUUCCAAGCUAAAGGAGAUCAUCUUCCAGUACCUCCCGUAGAUACUAACACCCCUCCACCAAUACCACCAGCAAUUCUAAGAUCUUUAGAGUAUAACGCUGCUCAUCCUGAAGAACAUCAUACUGAUCAAGGCCAGGAACAGGGCCAAUACAUACCAUAA